AACAAGUUGCGGCAGUCGGAAGAUGCUAAAUCGUUGAUGACACUAGAGGAAUAUGAAGAACUUAAAAAUAAACUAUUUGACACGUUUGCACAAGCCAGCACCACAACUCCUGCAGUAAUUGAUUUUCACUCUUCUCUUUAUGUAUUUACUGUAAUUGUAGAAAAUGAAUGUGCUUUGAAGAAGCCCCACCUCGAUGAUGAAGUGGUGGUUCAGAGAACAGCCUCACUUACUCACAUUUAUGCCAAAAACGUAUCAAAUGGAGCAGCCACAAUCUAUGCUGGCAAAGAUGUCCCUGUUGGAUUGGAUGACUUUAGUAAAAUGGUGAAUUGGGGUUUUUCCUUGGUUGACAAAACUCUUCUUGUCAAAGACCUCAUUGAUAGCAAUAUGCUUGUAUCUCUUGUUGUCCAGCUGAGACAUUUUGGCAAAACCACCAAUCUUAUAAUGCUGAAGAAUUUCUUUGCUGUUCUUAUUACUCCUAGCAGUAAGGAACAUCAGCUAGAGCUGUUCAAAGAGCACUUUUGCAAGUAUCCAGUCAUAUUCAUCAGUCUAAAACCCUACUUGUCAGGCAUGAAUAAUAUUGUAGUAUAUUCAAUGUUUGAUGAUUUGUUCUCAGAUAGAUUUGGAUUUACAGAAAGGGAAGUCAAUGUUCUCCUUGAGCAUCAUCAAAGGGGCAUGGACAUGGAGGAAGUCAAAAAGUGGCAUACUGGCCUAAGACAGGAUCCACCACCACUACAAUCAAAAAGCUGA